UGUUAGAAGCAGUAAGAACUGUCCUCCCUCUCUCAAAUUAUAGGUUUUGUGUGAGGCAUAUUGAAGCUAACUGGAGUAAGAGGAUCAGAAUUUCAGUAGAGAUGAAGAAAUACCUAUGGUGGUCUGCUUGGAGCACUUAUGAGGAGGACUUUAAAGAUUAACUAAAGAAUCUUGGUGAAUUGUCUGUUGAUGCUGCCAAGGAGUUGCUUAGGUAUCCACCACAAAAUUGGUGUAGGUCCUACUUUGAUACAUUGUGCAAAAAUCAGAUGGUGGACAAUAAUUUUACAGAGUCCUUCAACUCUUGGAUCUUAGAAGCAAAAGGCAAGCCUAUCUUGAAGAUGCUUGAGGAUAUUAGAAUCAAGGUCAUGAACAAGUUGAGAGAGAAGGAAGAAGAAGCUAGAACAUGGGGAGGUGAAUUUAGUCCUAACUGCAUGAAGUUGUAUGCUGCUUAUUUAAAGGUAGCCAACUUAUGUACUGUUCAUUUCAAUGGUGAGACUGGCUAUGAGGUUUCUGAGGGUGAUGAUAGAAAUAGAGUGAACCUAGUGGAGAAAAAAUGCACUUAUAGAUCCUGGCAGUUGACUGGCAUCCCAUGCCCUCAUUCCAUCAGGGCACUAAAAUACAAGAGAGAGGAUCCAAUGACUGAAAUUAGUUGGUGGCACAGCAAGGAAGCUUACCUGAUGACAUAUAGGGCCAAGUUGAUGCCUGUUAGAGGUGAAAAGUUCUGGAAAGUAUUACCAGAACAUGCUAUGGACCCUCCUCCACUUGCCAAAACUGUUGGAAAGCCAAAAGUCAAAAGAAAUAGGGAGAAGGAUGAGGCUAACAAGAGACAAGGAGAUUGGGCUGCAUCAAGAAGGGGAGCUAGAAUGACAUGCAACAUUUGUGGUGAACUGGACCAUAAUUCAAGGACAUGCAAGGUUGGUGCUGAAGGAAAUAUUGAGGAUGUUAGUUGUUCAGCCCCUCAACCAACACAAGAAGGUAAAUAUGAAAGUGAAUUUGUGUUCAUGCCUACACCAAGAGUACCAAGACACCAAACAGAACCCUUUGGUGAUGGUAGUGAGCAUGAAAGUGACCCUGCUUUAAUGCCUAAGAUUAUUUCUGAAGAUCAAAUACGACUACUGAUGAGGCAACAAUAAUUGACCUCAGCAGGGACAAGAGUCAUCUCUUUCAGAGAAGAUCAUACUGAUGUCAGUUAUCCCACUGAUCUUCCUUACUCACCUACUAAGCUCACUUGGAAAGGCAAAGAAGUUGUGACUAGAAAUCAAUUGGAAGUGGCAAGACAAAAGAAAGUUGGGAAGUUGAAGUGUGGGAAACUCAAUGGGAACUCACACAUCUAGGAAUCUUGGUUAUUGUAUGUAGUUGCAAAUCUGGGAACUCACAGAACCCUUUUGUUUUGAUGUUUUGGUUUGUACUGUAAAACUAGUAUUACAGCAGUGCUGUUUGGUUUAGUAGUUAUUUUAUA